GUUCAGAUUAAAAUGAGAGGUAAAUUCAGGUUUUCAAACUGAAGUUGAUUAUUCAGUUAUUUGAUCACAUUUGAGAGAAACGUCUAAUAAUGACUACUGUGGUUCAUAGUUUUACUGUUGAGACAGUUUCUUCCACACCGUAAUCUCUCGUCAACAAUUUUGGUAGAAACAGAAGGUGAGUGGCGUUAUGAUCAUGUGACUGUGAAUAAAUGUUUUUACCAUUUAUGGAUACUCACCUAAACCUGCUGAUCAGACGGUUUAAAGGUGAAACUGUUCACUUUGAUUUUUACUUUCUAAUAAAUCUGUCUCUGCUGUCUUACAGGUUUCUGUCUGAUUCCAGCGCAGAUGCAGCGCUGCUGUCAAGCUUCAUCAGAUUCUCUGUACGCCUCUGUGAGGACUGCUGACCACCUCAGACUGACCACAGACGUCACCGACGGCGGAUUUACGAGUCAGCGGUCAAAGUAUGAAGUCUCUGCCGCCAUCCUCAUCGUCACUCUCUGGAGUCUGAAGCUAAAAGGAAGCCAAGAUGUCUGAGGGAAAGAAGAUGACAUCAAGCCGCAGGCAUCAUCUCAAGAGUUUGAUCCUGCAGAUCGCUGCUAACUGGCUGGAGCAGGAAGCCAACGACAUCGCUGCCGCCAAAGAAGCCUACAUGGCAGAGAACUGCCCCGCCCCUGACCUGAGCGGAGACCAGGCCGCUCUGCAGGAAAUCUGCAAGAAGCUGUUCCAGGCCCUGGACAAGAUCGAUGAGGAUAGAUACGACGCUGAGGCCAAAGUGCAGAAGACAGACAAAGAGAUUGAGGACUUGAAGCUCAAGGUGGUCGAGCUUGCCGGCGUGAAGAAACCCGCCCUGAAGAAAGUACGCAUGUCUGCUGACGCCAUGCUGCAGGCUCUGCUGGGAGGAAAACACAAGGUGACUAUGGACCUGAGGGCCAACCUGAAGCAGGUCAAGAAGGAGACCAAGGAGGAGAGUGCCGAGGGCGUCGGCGACUGGCGUAAGAACAUCGAGGACAAAGCUGACAGGAAGAAGAUGUUUGAGACUUCCUAAAGACUUUCACUUCCAGCAGGCUGCUGCUUCUCUUUCCUCUGUUACAUCUGACCUUUUUCAUGGAAACAAACUCGUGCCAUUAAAUUGUCUUUUUGGAAUAAGGCAACGCUGUCACGCUGCAGUUUUUUUCCAAGACCUGUUUGGAAGUUAGGACGUAAAAGCGGAGAUUAGUCGGCCCCUUUUUCCUCACAUUAGGGAGAGUUUUACACAUUUAAAAAAUCCCUUUAUUUUCUGUAAAGGUUGUUUUAAAACAAGUAUGUAAGUCUGCAUCCAAAACUGUUAAAUAUGCUU